CCCUGGCUAGUGGCUAGUGGCUAAUCCAUUCUCCAUGAGCAUGGCUUCUCUCACUUUCAAAGCCGAGUUGGUAUCCACCUUCUUUGGCUUUGCUUAUCGCAAUCCCAAACCCUUCAAUCCACUCCAAACCACCUUCGUCCCUCUUCUAUGCAAAACAAAAACUCAUUCCCAAUCGCUAUCUUCUUAUUCCUUUUCUAGAACAUUCGCUCUAAACCCUAGCAGGGGCACUCGCCGCUUCACCGUCGCCGCAACCACCACAGCGCCGCCUCAUACUGAGGGCUCCGAUGUUUCCACUGCGAUUCCGCCCGAUAAUCGCAUUCCGGCUACCAUCAUCACCGGCUUUCUCGGUUCUGGCAAGACAACGCUGCUAAACCAUAUUCUGACUGCGGAGCAUGGAAAACGAAUUGCGGUUAUUGAGAAUGAGUUUGGUGAAGUUGACAUAGAUGGUUCUUUAGUCGCUGCGAAAACUGCUGGUGCUGAAGAUAUUAUGAUGUUGAACAAUGGCUGCCUUUGCUGCACCGUCAGGGGCGACCUUGUCAGAAUGAUUGCGGAAUUAGUCACUAAGAAGAAAGGAAAAUUUGACCACAUUGUUAUAGAGACUACAGGUUUGGCGAAUCCAGCACCAAUAAUCCAGACAUUUUAUGCAGAGGAUAAGAUUUUUAAUGAAGUCAAGUUGGAUGGUGUUGUCACUUUGGUUGAUGCAAAACAUGCUGAUUUUCAUCUUGACGAAGUUAAGCCAAAAGGCGUGGUCAAUGAGGCAGUGGAACAGAUUGCUUAUGCAGAUCGUAUAAUUGUAAAUAAGACUGACCUCGUUGGUGAAUCAGACAUUGCUUCUUUGGUCCAGCGGAUAAGGAAAAUAAAUGGCUUGGCCCAUUUAAAGCGGACAGAGUUUGGAAAAGUUAACUUGGAUUAUGUCCUUGGCAUUGGGGGUUUUGAUUUGGAGAGGAUUGAGAGUGCUGUCAAUGAUGAAGUUGCAAAAGAAGAUCAUGUCCACAGCCAUGACCACGAGCACGAGCACCAUGACCAUGAUCACCACCACCAUAACCAUGAUGACUCACACGACCAUAAGCACGAUCACCACUCUCAUGAUCAUAGUCACGAUCCUGGUGUUACAUCCGUCAGCAUAGUUUGUGAAGGAAGCUUAGACCUCGAGAAGGCAAACAUGUGGCUUGGCACCUUGUUGCUGGAUCGUAGUGAAGACAUUUAUAGGAUGAAGGGUCUUCUAUCUGUUCAAGGAAUGAAUGAGAGAUUUGUCUUUCAGGGAGUUCAUGACAUAUUCCAAGGUUCACCUGAAAGGUUGUGGGGGCCAGAUGAACCAAGGUUAAACAAAAUUGUUUUCAUAGGUAAAAACUUGGAUGCUAAGGAAUUGGAAAAGGGAUUCAAGGCCUGUUUACUGUGAUACUUAGUUCAAUACAAUGUGCUUCAAUUCUCACUCUUUCUGCCGAUGUCGCACGUUGAAGAUGAGUGUGUCUAUAUUCCAAUACCAUGUAGAAAGAAAUCUGGACUGACUGGACCAUAUUUAUAGUGAAAAAUGUUACAUUCCCAGAAUACCUUCAUCCUUUAA